CUGAAAGGUCGGACUGGAUCCGUUCAACAACGAAUGGACUCGUUUUUCACGGUGGUUUCGACAUCAAAUAACGCAACCAAGCGAAAGGCUGAAGAAAUUCAGAAGAACAAGAAUGCGAAAAAACCUCGUGGAGGUGGUGGCGGUCGUGGAAGAAAACCCAAUGUUCAUCCAGAUUUAAGAAAAUUUGGAAGCUUGUUAUCUCCGCGAAAUUCGUCGGUAUUAGAUGGAACUUGUUUGAUUUGUUUGGAAAACUUCGUUCAUCAAUCCCCGUACGACGAAGGAGGCUCUAAAGCGGCGGUUUUGCGGUUGGAAUGCGACCAUUUCAUUCAUCACAACUGCGCCCUCAUGUUAUUGGGUAGAAAUGAUUUCUUGCAAUGUCCGACGUGUAACAACGUGACUGGAAUAAGAACUGGGAAUCAGCCAAUUGGAGCCAGAAUGCAGAUUCUUCUGCGAAAAGAAUCUAUUUAUGGAUUCUCCUGUCCCACAUUUAGGAUUUCUUGCAAUGUCCGACGUGUAACAACGUGA